UGGUCAGGACUGGAGUGAGUGUCCCCUGGCCCCUAUGCAAACUUCUGGAUCAUGAACAGUAGUUCCUGGAGAGGGACCCAGACAGAGGCACCCCUGCUGAGGUGCUGGGAUCAACCCUUAGAGGACUUGCACAUGUAUUGAAGUCGCCAGCUGAGGGCAAGAGCAGGUUUCCCAUCUUCAGGACCUCUCCCAGGUCUGAGCUGUCUCCGUGUACCUUCCAUGAACAAAUCGGCCCCAGAGGAGUCUCUCGUAGGUGAAGGCCCAGUGUCCCAGGGCCACACUCCAUGCUGCCUGUCUGAAGUUGAAUCCAGUCAGCAGCUGGAGGAAGAGGAGGUCGAGGAAGAGUCGGGGAGAAAGAGAAAACAGGAAGACAGUGAUGGCGCCCACGCCUCACCCCUUAGAAGAUGUGGGGCUUUCCGCACCCAUAACCACACCAAUGAUUCCUUCAAAAGACACAGUUGGGGACCUGACAAGGAUUUACAGGACCCAAUGAGCAGGAGGAGACUGCAGUCCUUGGGAUGCCCAGGUUCCCAAGAAGACCCCUUUCUGCAGAGCCACGAGGAAUUGGACACCUUUCUGGGAGCUCAGCAGCAGCAGCAGCAGCUGUGUGGUCAACCCUCCUCCCACCCGGCCCCUGGCAUGCUGUCCAAGGCUGUGUCCAUGAGCGGCAUCAAUUUCCUCUUGGACUGCUUAGAUCCAGAUGCAGGUAACUCGUUCCGGUCCUCUGCCACAGACCUCAGCAAAUGUGGUAACCAGCUGGAAGAAGACUCAGGGGCCUGGGCAGGCUCCUCCCUGCGACGGACCUUCAGUUUCCUCUUGGGCAUGACAGGCAAGGCCAAGACCCGGGAAAAGGAGAAGAUGAAGGAAGCCAAGGACGCUCGCUAUACCAACGGCCACCUCUUUACCACCAUCUCAGUCUCGGGCAUGACUAUGUGCUACGCCUGUAACAAGAGCAUCACAGCCAAGGAAGCCCUCAUCUGCCCAACCUGCAAUGUGACUAUCCACAACCGCUGUAAAGACACCCUGGCCAACUGUACCAAGGUCAAGCAGAAGCAACAGAAAGCUGCUCUGCUGAAGAACAACACUGCCCUGCAGUCUGUUUCUCUCCGAAGUAAGACAACCACCAGAGAGCGACCAAGCUCCGCCAUCUACCCUUCUGAUAGCUUUCGGCAGUCCCUGCUUGGUUCACGGCGUGGCCGCUCCUCCUUGUCUUUGGCCAAGAGUGUUUCCACCACCAACAUUGCUGGACAUUUCAAUGAUGAGUCUCCCCUGGGGCUGCGUCGGAUCCUCUCCCAGUCCACAGACUCCCUCAACAUGCGGAACCGAACCCUGUCCGUGGAAUCCCUUAUUGAUGAAGGUGCAGAAGUGAUCUACAACGAACUCAUGAGUGACUUUGAGAUGGACGAGAAGGACUUUGCGGCAGAUUCGUGGAGCCUUGCGGUGGACAGCAGCUUCCUGCAGCAGCAUAAGAAGGAGGUGAUGAAGCAGCAGGAUGUCAUCUACGAGCUGAUCCAGACAGAGCUGCACCAUGUAAGAACACUGAAGAUCAUGACGCGCCUCUUCCGCACCGGGAUGCUGGAAGAGUUGCAGCUGGAGCCUGGAGUAGUGCAGGGCCUGUUCCCCUGUGUGGAUGAGCUCAGUGACAUUCACACACGCUUCCUCAGUCAGCUGUUGGAACGCCGGCGUCAGGCCCUAUGUCCAGGCAGCACCCGGAACUUUGUCAUCCAUCGUCUGGGUGACUUGCUCAUCAGCCAGUUCUCAGGUUCCAGCGCAGAGCAAAUGCGCAAGACCUACUCGGAGUUCUGCAGCCGCCACACCAAGGCCUUAAAGCUCUAUAAGGAGCUGUAUGCUCGAGACAAGCGCUUCCAGCAGUUCAUCCGGAAAGUGACCCGCUCAGCUGUGUUGAAGCGACAUGGGGUCCAGGAGUGCAUUCUGCUGGUGACUCAGCGGAUCACGAAAUACCCAGUGCUCAUCAAUCGGAUCCUGCAGCAUUCUCACGGCAUUGAAGAAGAGUGCCAAGACCUGACGGCAGCGCUAGGCCUGGUGAAGGAGCUGCUGUCCAAUGUGGACCAGGAUGUGCACGAGCUGGAGAAGGGGGCCCGCCUGCAGGAGAUCUACAACCGAAUGGACCCUCGAGCUCAGACCCCUGUGCCUGGCAAGGGCCCCUUCGGCCGAGAGGAACUUCUGCGGCGUAAACUUAUCCACGAUGGCUGCCUGCUCUGGAAGACAGCCGCAGGUCGCUUCAAAGAUGUGCUGCUGCUGCUGAUGACAGAUGUGCUAGUGUUUCUCCAGGAAAAGGACCAGAAGUACAUCUUUCCUGCCUUGGACAAGCCUUCGGUGGUAUCCUUACAGAAUUUGAUCGUAAGAGACAUUGCCAACCAGGCAAAGGGGAUGUUUUUGAUCAGUGCUGGCCCGCCUGAGAUGUACGAGGUGCACACAGCGUCCCGAGAUGACCGUAGUACUUGGAUCCGUGUCAUUCAGCAGAGCGUGCGCGUAUGUCCCUCUAGGGAGGACUUCCCUCUGAUCGAGACAGAGGAUGAGGCCUACCUCCGGAGGAUCAAGAUGGAGCUGCAGCAAAAGGACCGAGCGCUGGUGGAGCUGCUCCAGGAGAAGGUCGGACUGUUUGCUGAGAUGACCCAUUUCCAGGCAGAUGAAGAUAGUGUCAGUGGGAUGCCCCUGCCCGCCCUGCCCAGGGGCCUUUUCCGUUCUGAGUCCCUUGAGUCCCCUCGAGGCGAGCGACUGUUACGAGAUGCCAUCCGUGAAGUGGAAGGCCUGAAAGACUUGCUGGUGGGGCCUGGUGCUGAUCUGCUUUUGACACCCCGAGAACCAGCUUUACCUUUGGAACCUGAUAGUGGCAACACCAGUCCUGGGGUCACUGCUAAUGGAGAGGCCAGGACUUUCAAUGGCUCCAUUGAGCUCUGUAGAGCAGACUCAGAUGCCAGCCAAAAGGAUCGGAAUGGAAAUCAGUUGAGGUCACCCCAGGAGGAGGCGUUACAGCGAUUGGUCAAUCUCUAUGGACUUCUGCAUGGCCUUCAGGCUGCUGUGGCCCAGCAGGACACUUUGAUGGAAGCCCGAUUCCCCGAGGGUCCUGAACGAUGGGAAAAGCUAUCCCGAGCCAACUCUCGGGAUGGCGAAGCUGGCCGGGCUGUAGUUGCUCCUGCGGCUCCUGAGAAACAGGCAACGGAAUUGGCCCUGCUGCAGCGGCAACACACGCUGCUUCAGGAGGAGCUGAGACGCUGCCGGCGACUGGGUGAAGAGCGGGCAACUGAAGCUGGCAGCCUGGAGGCCCGUCUCCGGGAAAGUGAACAAGCCCGGGCCCUGCUGGAGCGGGAGGCUGAAGAGGCCCGCCGACAACUGGCAGCCUUGGGCCAAAAUGAGCCACUCCCAGCAGAGGCCCCCUGGGCCCGCAGGCCUCUGGACCCUCGUCGCCGCAGCCUUCCAGCAGGCGACGCUCUCUACUUGAGCUUCAAUCCCCCUCAGCCCAGCAGAGGCCAUGACCGCCUGGAUUUGCCUGUGACUGUCCGUUCCCUCCCCCGACCCUUUGAAGACCGAGAGAGGCAGGAGCUUGGUAGCCCCGAGGAGCGGCUGCAGGACAGCAGUGACCCCGAUACAGGCAGUGAGGAGGAAGGCAGUAGCCGCUUAUCUCCACCCCACAGUCCUCGAGACUUCACCCGAAUGCAGGACAUCCCGGAGGAGACAGAAAGCCGAGAUGGGGAGCCUACAGCUUCAGAGAGCUAAGGGGAUCCCCACCUCCUGCCUGGUGCCCCACUGAAGAACAUUAAUUAGUAAAGGGGUCAAACCUUGGGGACCCCAUUCUGCCAAUAAUGAGGGAAUAUUUGAAAGAACUGCUGAUUGUCCUUGCCAGCUCCUGGGAUCCUUGGAUGCCUAUGGCCAUGUGGGACUGGGGAUUUAGAGGUCACAGCCCCCAGGUGGCAUCCAAGAGCUACACCACAGAUGCCAGUUUUUCAUGCCUUCUUCCCUCUACUUAGGAAAAUUAUUUAUUUAUUGUUUAUUGGUUAUGUGGGGGAGAGCGAGACUUAAAGGACCAGGGAUAUGGGAACCAAGCCAUAGGGACCAGAGGGCCUUUCCUUUCACACCGCUGGGACACGUGUAGCUUAGCCACAAACUGCUGGCUCCAGGCUAACACCCACUCCAGCUACUCCCAUCCAUGGCCACAGAACCUACUGCCCCUUUAAGGAGGGCUGUGGGUAGGCCUGUGUCCCUUUCCCCACUCUCCUUAGGCUCCUCCUGCUGGUUUUCCUCUCCUCAUCCUCCAUGGAAAUCCGGCUCCUUGGGGUUGAUGGAGUCGAGGCUAGGGUGGCCAUGAUGUAUUAGGGUGGGGGAGGAAAAAUCCACAGAGACCAGAAUGUUUUGUUUUUGUUUUCUUUUUUUGUACCAAAGCCAACUGCACGUGUUUUAUAUUUUUAAAAGAAGAUUGUAGGUACUUCUAGCCCCAUGUCUUUGAACUUGAGGAAUUGGGGAGACAGUGGCUUCUUUCACCUACAGUCAGGGCUCUCCUGUUCGGAAUUCUUCCUCAGCCAUUCGAAAGAAGCUCUAAGGUGGGUUAGGGAACCUCGAACCCUCACCUCAUCUCCCACCACGGCAACUGUGGUUGAAACGUAAGCAAGAAAGGGGGGAGGUUCAAUGCACCCCUAAUAGCCACCAGCAAUAGCCAUUUGUCGGCCAAUUUAAUUGUUAAAAACAAAAAGACAGAGACAGUAACAACAAAGAAAGAAAGAAAAACCCAAGCAGGGAAAAAAAUUAAAGACCUGAAAGGCACCAGGUGCUGUCUCUAUGGCCCAUUCAAAGGAUUGCGGUGCCUGCAGCCAGGCAGUGACUAUGGUUUCUAUAAAGGGGCUGCCACUACCUCACUGAAGAGGCCACUAAAAAAAAUGAAGCUGUCCAAACCCUCGUUAAAAUCUCAAAGUUACAAUGAUGAAAAUGAAGCUGCACCCAGGCUCCAGGGGCUGUCGGUGGCUCCAAUAUUAGAAAACUGGUUUGCAUCUUAUUUGUAUGCUGUGCUUGGAUAUCACAUCUGGCCCUUGCCACCUCUAGUUCCUUCCCCCACGCUUCAUUCCCGCAGAGUCAGACUCAGGGCUGAGUUCUCAGAGGAGCAGCCCUGCUCAUGCUGCCCAGUGGAAAGGCAGGAAGUGGUUUCAGUUCUUGGUUUUGGUUUAUCCCACUUCCUGUCUCUAGGCCAUAGGGCAGGGUCAGUGCAUGCACACCCCCACAGCCUGUGAUGCAGGGUGAGAAGAAGGGUCUCAGGACCCCAACUAAAAAGGAGGAUUGGCAUUGCAUGGGCAGCAGGUUUGAGACGCUGCCAAUACUCCCCUCCAUAAGCCUCCGGCCCUUACGAGACACUUUGUAGCCAAUCAUGGGAUUCUUGGGCCGUAGAAGUUGUUUUAUAUGUUUAUUUAUUGACUUUAUUAUUAUUUUUGAGACGAGGUCUUGCAGUGAAGCCCAGGCUGGUCUUGGACUCACGUCAAUCCUCUUGCCGCAGCCUCCGAGUGUUGGAAUUGCAGGCGUGAGCCAGUAUGCCCUGCCCCAGCCUCUGCUGUUUUCCUUUGCAGGAUGGGUGCAGAUCGGUUGCCAGGCCCUCUGCCUUACACACAGCAGCACACAGUUUCGAGCGGUUCCAAUGGCUCAGUAGCUGUGCUCCGGGUAGCACUAAGCACGCAGAGGUCAAGUGGAGGAGACAGUGGUCAAGUCAGGAGAGAGGAGUGCAACUCCCCAGCAUUCUCCAGAGGGGAGAAAACCUAGGACCUGGAGACUGAGUCCCAGAGUAUGAGUUCUAGAAGCUGGGGUGCUUCUGCUGCCUUAUUACCAUGAUUUCACCCCAUUAUCAGCACAGAGCCAGCCCCAUCCUCGCCGUGCUUUCUGAACCUGAAGUCUCCAUUGUUCUCCCCACUGCUGCCAUUUCAAACCUCGGUGGCAGCGUGCUCUGGGGGCCAGGGUUCAGCUCCUUACCUAAACCAUACUGCUCCCUUGGAGGGGGCUCUAAGCCUGGGUGCCCAACUCUCUGUCGCCACCCCCACCCCCUCACCCCUCCCCACCGCACCCCCUCACCCUCCCUGCUCCAUCAGAAGUAGGGCCACACGCAGCUACUUGAGUUGGUCUUGUUGAUAUUUACCCCCGGGGUUCUGUAAAGCAGAUGCCCCCAGAGAGGGCAGUAUCCGGUCCCAGCCAGGCUUUUAGAGGCGCUGCCGGGGCAGCCGGAAGAAAACUCAGGGGAGGGAAGAUUUCUCACCUUCCUGAUGGCUAGUAAUAGGCCUGGUAUUUUGGAGCCAGUUUAAACAUUAUCAAAAAGAGGAAAUUAAACAUCAAGAGGCUAAUUAAAUCUCAUUCCCAUCCUUUAAUAUGUUGUGAGUUGGGCGACUCCUCAAACCUUUGGGCAACUGGGUGGAACGGGCAGUGGCACCUGGAAGUAUUGUGGCGUCCCCCACAGGGUGCUGCCUUCCCCCUCACAGGGUGCUGCCUUCCCCCCACAGGGUGCUGCCUUCCCCCUCACAGGGUGCUGCCUUCCCCCCACAGGGUGCUGACUCCCCCCACAGGGUGCUGCCUUUCUGGGAUUUUGAGUGACUGGUCAUCCCAGAGACUGGUCCUGAAGGGAGGGCCUGGAGUAGGGGGCUCUAUCCAUCUGUACCUCCCCUUCAUUCCAGAAGCAGACCCCAGUAAGAUCCCUCCUGGUGCACAACUUAGGUCAUUAUCGUUUAAAUUAAGAUGGAAACCAAGGGGGCCCUCUGCUCAGAAGACACUCGCAAAGGGGGUUUUUGAAGGACUAACCCUUUAGUUAGCAUCUCUCUACGCAGAGUUUGGUGUUGGUUUCAUCCUUGGUUGCUCUUCACCUGGGUUUUUGAGACCAAGUGUGUCCCUGAAGCUAGAGCUUGCUGAUUUGGCUAGAGUGCCCAGCGAGUCUGGGGAUCCCCCUCUCUUCCUCUCCUGCACCAUGGUAUCCAGUGUCUUUACACAGGGUAAAGGCCAGAGCAUGAACUCCAGUCAGGUGCUCCGCACCUUUGCUCCAAGCACCUCACAGCUGCUGCCUGGAUUGGUUUUUAUUGUUGUUUGUUUUGUUUUUUGUUAUUGUUUGUUUUCCAAGACAGAAUUUCUCUGUACCUUUUGGAGCCUGUCCUGGGAACUCAUCUGUAGACCUGGCCUUGAACUCAUAGAGAUCCACCCACCUCUGCCUCAAGAGUGGUGGGAUUGAAGUCGUGUGCCACCAUGCCCAGCUAUUUGUUACCGUUUGUAAUUUUAGGAAGUGUUAGUGUGUGCGGUGACAUACAUGUCAGAGCACAUGUAUGGAGGUUAGAGAACAACUUUGCAUACUUAGGUCUCUCAGUUCACCUCUAUGUGGAUUUGACAGUCCAGCCCAGGUUGCCAGGCUUGUGUGCCAAGUGUUUUCCCUGCUUUGCUUGCUGUCUUGCUGGUCCUUAAAAAACUAUUUUAUUAUGUAUGUGUUCUAUGGUGUGCAUGUAUGGGUAUGCAUGACCAUAUCUCUUUUAUGCGAGACUUUCAUUAUACUCCAU